AUGAACAAAGAUUUAUUAAUUUUUAGCACAUUUGUUAAAUUUUUACUAUUUCCUACAUAUCGUUCAACGGAUUUUGAAGUUCAUCGAAAUUGGCUUGCUAUUACACACAGUCUUCCGAUAUCAAAAUGGUAUUAUGAAGAUAGGAGUGAAUGGACAUUAGAUUAUCCACCAUUUUUUGCAUGGUUUGAAUGGAUUUUAUCACAAUUCGCAUCAUUAGCGGAUAAAGAAAUGCUUAAAGUUGAUAAUUUAAAUUAUGCAAGUGAUGCAACCAUUUACUUUCAACGUACUACAGUAAUUAUAAGUGAAUUAGUAUUAUUUUAUGCAUUGAAAAAGUAA